UAGCGUACAUGCCGAAAUUACGGUCACAUUGGCAGUAGGAGUGUCCGCGAACAGGAAAUAUAUGUACAAUCUCGACAUUUUAUUCCAUUAACAAAAGAAAGCAGAAAGUAAGCACUGUAUAAUUACGAUUUUGCCCAGGAGCCGCAUCACAAAAGAAAUAUAUUUUUUUAUGAUUUUCUACAUCAAAUUCUUUCUUCACGCUAUCAUAAAGAAAGCUGUAAACCACAUUUGCUCCUUUUUUGUGAUUCCUUCAAAAAAGGGAUACAUAUAGCUGCCUUCUGAAUUAUGUAUGUGAACAUUAAAUAAAUAAAGCCAAACUAAACGUUUAUAAAAUUGAUUAUUUACAGGAAUCUUUGGCAACGGUAAAUUUUGCGCGUAAACAAACUCACAACACAAAACGUUUGUUUCUGAUAAAUACCGAUUUUUUAAAGUUAAAUAAUCGUUGGCUUUUUUUAUGUUCAACAUAAUUCUCAUUUUCAUUAGUAUUUGUUUCACUUUUGUAACAUAAAUUACAAACAUCAGUGCGAGGAAGACUACAAGAAAAUGGCAAAUUGUGGUUAAAAUAUUUCGCGUACGUCGAUCUGUUUAGAGAUAUUUCAUCUUUUUGCGUGACACUUUUAUAAAAUUCAACGAACAAAUCAUAGAGUAAAUCCAAAGUUAAUUCCGAAAUUUAAAAAUACUUUAAACCAUGUAACGUUUUAUUACGUUUCUGUUCUACUGACAAUCCUUGUUGUUACUCAGAUUGAAUAAUUCAUAUUAAUAUUAUAUUUUCAAAUUAUAUUUCGCGCCUUAGCGCCAAACUUCAACACCAGGCGUCGCGCACGCCAAAAACAGCAGACGACAAAAGCACAUGUUGCUUUUGACCGGCAAGAGACGCCAGAUUGGUGUGAACUAUAAGUGCGAAAACGCACCAUUGCGCAUAAUUAAUAUAAUUGUAUUUUUAUUCCUUGUGCCAAAUAAAUUGUUGUUUAUUGUGAGUGCGCUAAUUAUUUCCGCCGUUUCCAGCGUCAUAAUCGCUAAUUUCAGUUGUGGGAAUACUAAAAAGGUUAGUCUUCUAAUUUCGUUUUUCUUGGCUUGUCACCGAAGGAAGGAGGAGAUAUCUUUCGAGCAGUGGAUUCCUGAUAUACGAUCACCAUGGAACCAGCACCCAACGACAACACGAACAACGCUACUGGAUCUGCCCUACAAGAGAUUCCGGUUCUGUGCAUUACGCCACUCCCCGAAGACCAAGGCGAACCCAGCAGCGCCGUCACUCUCGAGCAACCACCAAGUGGUCUGGUUGUUUUACGCAAGACAACCUUAGAAACCCUCUUAGCCGAACGUGACGACCUUAAAGAAAAGUUAACUACUAUUCAACAACAAUUGUCCUCUUUUGAAGAAAAAGAAAAACUAAAUUGCGCAACGACCAGCAAGACCGCCGACCAAAAGGAAGAACACUACCAAUUUAUGGCGGAUUUGAACAAGGAACGCUACAACCUAACAAACACGAUCUCAGAACUCCAGAAAGAGAUCACUGAUCUAAAAGUCGAACGCGCCACCAUGAAGAAAGAUCUCGAUUCAUAUGAAGCCGAUUUCAACCGAGUUUGCGACGAUUACUCUUACCAGGAAGACUACAGCCUCCGCCUCAAGAAACUCUUUUACAACACGGUAUCCGAAGUAUGCCAUGCUCUCGCAAAUUUGCGCGAACCGAAGCUGAGACCUAAGGCCCCCGAAGGCUGCCUUAACUGUGGUAUCAGCGGGCAUAGUUUUCGUUCCUGUCAAAGGAAGUAUAACGGACGUUUCUGCCAAACCUGCGCACACCCCGACUUUUCAACCGAAGAAUGUCCUUGGCCUCACUACCCUAAUGGACCCUCUAGCAUUCCCGAAAGCAGCAGAUGUAAAUCGUGCUGGCAAUCAAAGACUACGCCAAACCCGCAUUGCGCUGAGUGCCGUCGAAGAAUGAUAAGAGAAAAUACCAUUAAGCGCAAUAAACUCGCCCAAGAAUUAGAAGAUGCAUCAUUCUCACUCCCUUCCACCAGUCAAUCAAUGAAGGAUGGAAGACAAGCAACUCGCGCCAUCAUCGCUCCCCCAGCUUCUCAAGCCCAGCAGAUAGCCAUUACGUCAGUUGUAACUAACAACUCUAAGAGCGAAUUUUGCAUUCAAUCCGAACCAAAAGCCGAGAUUGGAAUGCAGCCUUCUACUCAGCCAGCAAAUCCCAAGACUGAUCUGCAAAACGCGCAAUCCAACGAAGAGCCAACGGUUUCACAAGACCCAAUAGUUGAACCAUUAGUACUCUCACUCCAAGUACAGCCCAGUAAUGUGCAGAACCUGAUCUCUCCAAGGGAAUCGAUCGAUGACAACGUUGCUCUAUGGGAAUCUCUCACGGAAGCGUUUAAAAUUGGACUAAACAAAGACGUCGAAAAAAAUUAAAUUCCAGUCUUCCUUGUACAACUAGUUUAGUAACGAUAAACAGUAUUACUUUAAUUUUUUUAAUUUAGUUUUCUUUUAGUUAAGAACGAUCUCUUGACAACCAAAUAUUAUAAUUAUCACCAAUUUUGUUUUCUUUACUAAGUAUUAUUUUGCAAACUAAACUAAGUCAUGAUUACUAUAGUAACUAUUAUUAAACAAAAAAAAAAAAAAAAUUUACUUAUUUUUGUUAGACUUCUAAUAAUAGUCGAAAUUUUUAUAUAUUGUUGCACCGUUGUGCCUUCGCGCCGUUGCGCAGUAAACUAUUAGUAAAAUCAAAAAUAUUAGCUUAGUAUUUCAUUUAGUUUCUAACCACCAAAGUUACUUAGAUAUUAGCGCCGUUGCGCAGUAUUAUUCUCAUUAUCUAAAGAUUAUAUAUAUUUUUGUACUACUUAGAUCCUAGCGCCGUUACAAUUGUAAUCAACGACUUCUCAGCGCC